AUGCUGGCUCUCCUCUCCCUCCUCCUCCUUGUGGGUGCCACAUCCAUCCCGGACCCGGGACAUGAGCUGCUCCGCGGAACGUUCGGCGAGACCAGCCAGUGUCUCUCCGUCAAGGGCGGCCUCCUACGCAGCCUCACGCCGGUCGUAAUAACGGACUGCAAGGGCGUACAAACCCAGUCGUGGGUCGUGGCCCACGACGAGCCCGGUAUCGUCCGCGUUGCCGGGACGCGGUUCUGCCUCGACGCUGGUAAAGACCCGAUGAAUGGGAGCAAGGUCACCAUCCGGACAUGCAACAGUAACGCACCCGAACAGAACUGGUUCUGGACCGAUGAUAACCGCCUCGCCCUCGUCGGCAUGGGCCUUUGCCUCGACAACACGGACGGACGCGAUAUGAACGGCAACCAGGUUCAAGUGUGGAGCUGCACUGGUGGCAACACAAACCAGGUUUGGGGCGCCCCGGACCGCGGGCCGUGUGGGCCAGCUCCAUGCACGUCGUUCCCGUUCCCCCGCCCGAGCCCGCGCCCCAGUCACCGCCCAAGCGGCCGCCCAAGCCACAAGCCUCGCUCCUAG